AAACUCCGAGCACUCUACUCCAAGUCUCAAACCAACUCUCUACCAUGGUCCAAGUCUUCUCCUCCCUCUGCACCCUCGCAAUCGCCACCUCCGCCGCUGUCGUCUCUGCGUGGCCCACCAGUACCGGCAAUGUCGAGUACAGCGAAGUGUACGUCGUUGCUGCUGGCGAAACCUUUGACGGUGGUCUGAAGACCUAUCAACGUUCGGACAUCACCUGCGCCGAGCAGGACGAGGGUGGCUGGCGCGACGCCAUGUUCAAACUCGAAGCCGGUGCUACACUCAAGAACGUCAUUAUCGGUAAGAACCAGCGUGAGGGUGUCCACUGCGACGACCACGAUUGCACUCUGGAGAAUGUCUGGUGGGAGGACGUCUGCGAGGACGCACUGAGCGUCAAGGGCGGAACCGCUGACAGCGUCACUAACGUCCUUGCCUGCGGUGCCAAGGAUGCUGAAGACAAGAUCAUCCAGCACAACGGCUACGGACACGUCAACAUCAACGGCUUCUACGCCGAAAACUUCGGCAAGCUCUACCGUUCGUGUGGCACGUGCGGUGACAUCAAGCGCACGGUCUACCUGAACCAUGUGUGGGGCAACAAUCCCGAGAACGCUCUGGUCACCGUGAACUCGAAUAACGGCGACGUCGCCACCUUCACGGAUGAUAUCCAUGUCCACUCGGAUGAAGGAAACGACGACAUCGUGAUUUGCAAAACCACGGCGGCCACGGACGGCGACGAACCGGAGGUGACCAGCACGGGUGUGUCGGAGAACUGCGUGUACGACGCCGACGCCAUCGAGUACUACUGA